AUGUUUUCAACCAAUUUUGAGCCGGUUCAUAUCUGCUUUGAUGAUGCCACGAUAACCGGAGAUGAAAUCACAGAAAUUUUGGCGUUUCUUCAAUCGGACGAGUUGGACAAUCCGUGUGGUUCAGAGGAAAUGGUAGAACCGGUUGAUGAGAGGAAGAGAAGACGAACGUUAUCAAACCGGGAAUCAGCAAAGAGAUCAAGAUUGAGGAAGAAGAGACGUUUUGAGGAGUUAACCGAAGAGGUAAACCAGUUGAACUUGAAGAACCAGGAGCUGAAAAACCAGCUGGCCAAUGUUUUGAGCUGUGAUAAUGCCAUAUCAAGGGAGAAUAAUCGGUUGAAAACCGAAUCGGUUUGCCUUGAAAUCAGGUUUCUAGAGUUGUACCGGUUUUUAUUGGCCAUGCAAUCGCCAGUCUCAACGAGAUUAUAUUACUUAACAAAGCUUGCGAACUAA